CUCCGACAGCAAGUUCAAACAGGGAGAGUUGCUUCUAGUAGAUGGCAACCAAGCAUAAGAAGCGAGGCGCCCGCGCCGCCUUCAAAGAAGAGACGACGAGCCCCAUCACCAAGUUCUUCAAUCCCGUAGCAUCACCCAAGUCCAUUAGUCGAGUCAAGUCGUCCCCACGUGCCAUCGAGUUUCCCAAUGCCAUCAUCUCGGCGGCACCUAUCGUCUUGGACGUGACCCAGUCACUGUCGCCACCGUCCCCUCGUGCAGGCGGCGCUCGAUCAACCCAUGCUACGGUGACACCGCCGUCUACAUCCCGGCAUGCCUUAUCGUCCAGUCUGAAGGACGCCGUGGGUUCGAACGACGACGUGUUCGACGUGUGCACGCCGCUGCAGCACCAGCGAUUCAAGAGGCGCAUGGUCGAUCAAAAACCCAUCACACCAUCGUCCACGUCGAAGUCUUGCAUGAACAACUCCCUGGUGUUUGACAUUGUCACGUCCCUGAGCACCAACGACCCGGACGUGGCCAACUCGGCGCUGCGCAGCGUUGUGGCUCUUGGCAAAGAGUACCCGACGCCGCUCUUGUUUGAAGAACUGCUCGAUCAAAUGCAGAACGAGUCCACGUACGCGCGCGCCAUGGCCAUCUUCUCGUCCAUGAUCUUCGUCUACGAGCAAGCGUCGCAAUGCCACACGACGCUGGCGUUUCCCGCGCAGUGGACCCGCAUGAACGACGUGCUCUGUGACGUGGUGUUGAAACCGGUGGACGACAAAUGGUUGCGGUCGUUGUUGGUGGUGCAGUUUAUGGUGCAUUACUUUGCACGAGAUAUGGCCCUCUGCGAACAACGCUUAGCGGCGACCAACAAGGACUGGAUCGGACACACCCGAUUGAGUGUGUUGCUGACCGCCACCUUGUCGCAGAACAAGCAGCCGAGAGGACGGGUGCAGAACCCCGUGAUUCUGGCGGCGGUGGGGCGGGUGGUUGCCCUCUGGGUCCGCGUGUACGACUCGGGCGACGUGGCGAAAGCGUUCCAAGUGGACGGCCGCGAAGGCUGCUUGGCGGCUACGCGCCUGCUCGAGAUGCUGCUGCGCCUGACUGACCAGAAGGAUAAUGCUAUGCAAAAGCUGCAAAUGGGGCUGCAGGCCAUGCAACGCUCGACGCGGCUCGUGUUUCUGCAGACCUUGCAAUCUCCAACGUACAAGAUGAUGUUGGCAACCACCGUGUUGGGUCGGACGACUGUAUCCAGAUGCAAGGACAUGGAGUGGUUUGCGUGCAUUGCCGAAGAAGCUAGUGUGACGAAGGCGUUGCCGCCACAUCGAGGUACGUGGCUGAGGUCAGUCUAAAUCGACCAACUAGUCCGUCCAGGGUCGAACGAAGCACCGGACGACGUCCGACGAUUUGCCGCCAUGCACUUGAACACGUAUCUGUUAAAAUCAGCCACCCGACCAGUUCACCGGCUGCUCCAACACAUUGUAAAGCAAACCAGCUAAUGGAGUAGUGCUAUGUAUUAUUCGGUCUCCA